AUCCCCAAUUCUCCAUCCACCAUCUGAUUCUGCCCCCUUUCUUCCUCCCACCGAUCCUGAAGAGCUCGCACCGCCGGCGGAGAGAGCCAUGAGGAGCGGCGGCGACGUCAAAUCCUUCUUCCGGCAGCAGAAGGCCCACUCCGGCGCGGCGGCCGCCACCAAGCCCGCCGGCGGCGUCUCCAAGAAGGCGGCGCACCACCACCAGAAGCAAGCGGCGGCGGCGGCGCAUCUCCUCCGCCCGAUACGAGCUGCGGCAGAUCACCGCGACGGCGCUGACGCGGCGAGGAGGGAGGAGGAGGAGGACGCGGAGAGGACGGCCCGGGAGUUCGACAUGGACACGCGCUACGGGCCCUGCCUCGGCCUCACCCGCGCCCAGCGCUGGCAACGCGCCGCCGCGCUCGGCCUCGCCCCGCCGCCGCACGCGCCCUGCUCCGACCACCAGCCGUGCCUCUGGGAAGGCCGCGUCUAGAGCGUCGCAUCGCCCUGCGGCCAAAGGCCCAUCGAAUCGAAUCGUCGAUCCGCGCCACCUCCUCGUGGUUCUACCAACUGCUUUCUUCGUGUUGUCUUCAGUCUUCCUCUGUACGUCUGUCUGCGUCUGGAUCGAUGCUGCUGCGUGCGUGUGAUGGAUGCCUUGUGAUCCGGUGUGUUAUUUUAAGCUUAAUCUUUGCUGCAUCCGGUGUGCUGAGCCAAUCUACAUCCCAUUACGAUUCCAUUUUAUA